AUGGAUCCCAGUGAACUGAUCAGCCUCAAGGAACAGGUAGCGGACCUCGAGACUGCCCUACUCUCAGAUCCCAACAAUGAAGACCUUUUGACCUGCAAGACUGAACUCCUCGAACUCAUUUCCCUCACAGAGACACUGCUUCAGCAAGAGCAGCAGCUCGCCGAUGACCUCCCUGCCCUUGCCGCCCCGGUCGAGACGACGCCAGUAGCACAACAAGUCAAUGGAGGAAGAGUCUCGGCCACUUCUUCACCUUACAGGACAACUUCAACAGCGUCUGGGUCAGGAGCUUCAACACCCAACACAUCAACUACAGCAUCAACUUCAACCGCAGCACCAGCAACGAAAGGAUCGAACCAGCCCAUCUAUCAGCCCCCAGCUCAAACACGGCUCUGGGCCGUCGGUGAUCGCUGCAGGGCACUAUACGCCGAGGACGGGAAGUACUACGAGGCGACGAUAUUGGCGGUCGCUGAUGGUCAACAGGCGUAUUCUGUCCAGUAUACAGGGUAUGCCAACUCCCCACCUGUCACGUUGGGACUUGAGAACCUCAAGCCGAUCUAUGACCCCAAAAAACAUCAGCAGCAUACCCCAGCAGCAGCAGGAGACGACAGUGAGGAAGUCAAGGCUGGACAGAAGCGUGGACCAGAUGCCGGUGUAUCAGUAGGAUCAGCAGGAGCAGGUGGUGGGAUGAAGAAGAAGAAGAAGGAUACGGGGCCGAGUGAGCAGGUCCAGAAGCAAAUGGCGUGGCAGAAUUUCGCAAAGGGCAAGUCUAGUGUCAAGAAGGGCAAGGCUAGUGGUGGCGUCGUUGGCUUGAAGAAGAGUAUCUUUGCUACACCUGAUAACCCUGAAGGCAAAGUCGGCGUGGUUGGGAGCGGAAAAGGAAUGACUCAGUUCCAGCAGCGCGGGAAGCAUCUCUACGGAAACACCGACUCGUUGUAG